CUCGAGGAGGAGUAGUAACAAAAACUUAUAAAUAUCUCUUACACAUAGGUAUCUUCCAACUGCACGGAGGUGGGUAAGUGUCACGAGCGUUAACUUACUUGAAAUCUUAUCUUAUCCAUGGACCAUGGACCAUGCACCAUGCACCAACAUACACUUGUCGUGUCACAACAUUGCCACGUGUUUCAGUAGUUAACGUGGCACUAUGAUAUGAAAUCAGUAUCCAGGUAUGGGUAAGAAUUUAGCCUACAUGCACAUCAUGCAUGCCUUUACGUAAUUGCCUAUAUAAACCACCCCCAAUUCUCCAUCCAAUCCAAGACAACUUACACUUUCUACUCAAAAAAUCAAUCUACAAUCUCUAUUUGUUUCUUUGUGUUAUUGUGUGAUCUUUGAAAAUGGCGAAUUACCAGAACCAAUAUGGUGCAACGGCCCAAUCUACAAAUGAUUACGGGAACCCACUCACCAACUACACCGGAUCAGAGCCCCAAUCUACAAAUGAGUACGGGGCUACAGAUGAGUAUGGGAACCCAGUCACCACCUACACCAGAUCAGAGCCCCACUAUACAGAUGAGUAUGGGAACCCAGUACGCGAAAGGGGGAUGAUGGACAAGAUCAAGGAGAAGCUCCCAGGUACUCAUGACCCCUACUCAUCUCAUUCUCAGACAACCUACCCCACUGCACGUUACGGUGAAACCGGCUACACUGGAUUGGAGCAGCACCAUGGGAUGAUGAACAAGAUGCCAGGUACUGACCCCUACUCAUCUCAUUCUCAUACAACCGGCACCACUGCACCUUACGAUGGAACCGGCUACACCGGAACAGAGUACCGCCAGCACAAGGGCACGAUGGACAGGAUCAAGGAUAAGCUGACUGGGACUGGUGGACAUAGGGUGGAUGAUCCCUACUCAUCUCAUUCUCAUAAAACCGCCACCACCACACCUUACGGUGGCACCACCACCACAGCUUACGGUGACAGCACCACCACACCUUCACCUUACGGUGGCACCACCACCACACAUUCACCUUACGGUGGCACCACCACCACAGCUUACGGUGACACCACCACCACACCUUCAGCUUACGGUGGCACCACCACCACACCUUCAGCUUACGGUGGCACCGCCACCACCACCUACCCCCGUGAAAAGAAGGGCAUCAUGGACAAGAUCAAAGAGAAACUUCCUGGUGGACAUCAUUAUUAAUAAUAGGGUUAUGUAAGAGAUAGAUACGUUAGGUAUCGUUUUGUGUUCAAUGUUUUAGUAUGACGUGUAUAAUAAGCGGUGCUUGGUGUGGUUGUUAUGUUUGUGAACACCGAGCUCUGCGCCAUGUCCUUUGUAUUUUGUGAUACAUACUUUGUAUGUCCUUUAUAUCUAUCUUAACAAUAGUUCCUGUGUAAGCAAGUUUUAAUUGUUUGGAGAGGGAUUUAUUAAAACCA